AUGGGUGGCCGUGGUCGCGCGAGCUUGCGCCGUCCGGUGGCGAUCUGACACGCGGUACGAGCGGCGGCCGGCAUACGUGUCCAGCGGCGACGGGCCCGCGGCCCCGGGCUAGGUACAAAGGUGCCGUAUUUCUCCCCUGCUCUCCUCGCCACGGUUUCACAGCCGCCCCGAAACCACCAGAGCUCCCACAGCAGAUCACUCGCCCGCCUCUCCUCUCCUUCCUCCCAACCGUCGCUGUAACAAAUCCCACUCCGUUCCUUCCUUCACACUACCUAGAAGCUUUGGCAGUUGAGUUAGGUGCCCACCACAGGGGUGCUCUGGUGGGAUCAUCUGGUGUGUUUGUUGGUAGCUAGCUAGCUAGGGGAAGAAGAUCUGAUGAGGUCCAUGGGCAGCUUCCGACUCAUCUUCCGGCUCGGCGCAAAAAGCAACGCGGUAUCACCAUCAGCAUCAGCCGCCGCCUCCGCAGCGGGGCUCGGCGCCGGAGCUCCCGCCGGGCUUCCGGUUCCACCCGACGGACGAGGAGCUGGUGGUGCACUACCUCAAGAAGAAGGCCGACAAGGCGCCGCUCCCCGUCAACAUCAUCGCCGAGGUGGAUCUCUACAAGUUCGACCCAUGGGAGCUCCCCGAUGGUUUAUGUAUGUGAUCCUGUCGUGCUUGUUCAUGCGCUCGGGAUCCGGAUCCAUCAGAGAAGGCGACCAUCGGGGAGCAGGAGUGGUACUUCUUCAGCCCGCGCGACCGCAAGUACCCCAACGGCGCGCGGCCGAACCGGGCGGCGACGUCGGGGUACUGGAAGGCCACCGGCACGGACAAGCCUAUCCUGGCCUCGGGGACGGGGUGCGGCCUGGUCCGGGAGAAGCUCGGCGUCAAGAAGGCGCUCGUGUUCUACCGCGGGAAGCCGCCCAAGGGCCUCAAAACCAACUGGAUCAUGCACGAGUACCGCCUCACCGACGCAUCUGGCUCCACCACCGCCACCAACCGACCGCCGCCGGUGACCGGCGGGAGCAGGGCUGCUGCCUCUCUCAGGUUGGACGACUGGGUGCUGUGCCGCAUCUACAAGAAGAUCAACAAGGCCGCGGCCGGCGAUCAGCAGAGGAACACGGAGUGCGAGGACUCCGUGGAGGACGCGGUCACCGCGUACCCGCUCUAUGCCACGGCGGGCAUGACCGGUGCAGGUGCGCAUGGCAGCAACUACGCUUCACCUUCACUGCUCCAUCAUCAGGACAGCCAUUUCCUGGACGGCCUGUUCACAGCAGACGACGCCGGCCUCUCGGCGGGCGCCACCUCGCUGAGCCACCUAGCAGCGGCGGCGAGGGCAAGCCCGGCUCCGACCAAACAGUUUCUCGCCCCGUCGUCUUCGACCCCGUUCAACUGGCUCGAUGCGUCACCAGUCGGCAUCCUCCCACAGGCAAGGAAUUUUCCUGGGUUUAACAGGAGCAGAAACGUCGGCAAUAUGUCGCUGUCAUCGACGGCCGACAUGGCUGGCGCAGUGGACAACGGUGGAGGCAAUGCGGUGAACGCCAUGUCUACCUAUCUUCCCGUGCAAGACGGGACGUACCAUCAGCAGCAUGUCAUCCUCGGCGCUCCGCUGGUGCCAGAAGCCGCCGCCGCCACCUCUGGAUUCCAGCAUCCCGUUCAAAUAUCCGGCGUGAACUGGAAUCCCUGAUCAAAUGAUAUGAACACCACAUACGGGCAUGCACGCACGCAUGCAUAACUUUUGCAAGUCCUACAACAUUGCUAGCCAGUAGCUGUUGCAGUUUGUGGUAGUCCCUUUCAGUGAGCACUGAGUAGUUGCAUGCACAUCACCACUGCAUGGAUAUAUAUGGCUGCAUUGCACCAUGGGCACGUACUUGUGCGAACUUGCUAGCCAUAUAUAUAGUAGUACAAUAGCUAGGAGUAUUUUCGAAGUACAAAAAAAUCAUAACAUAGUACUCCAUAUAUAUUGUAAUAAAUAUAUUUUUUAGAUAUAUAUGAGUAUGAUAAUAGCUUCAUAUGCAUAUACUAUAUUGUAGUGCAUAUAGUAAAUAUAUAUGCAGUUGAUUACAAACCCCAGUCAGAUACAAUUUUUGGCCGGGUCUAGCUACUUAUCAUGUAUAAAUAGGGGUGUAUGUAAAUGAGCAACGCAUGGUAACUGCAUGCACGCGUAUCAUUGAUCUAUAUGGACGUACAUUGUAUAACUUUUUUUUUCAUGAAUAAGAUUUGCGAACUAGUAUGUCGCAGUGGUUUA